AGAGAGAAAUUGGCUCUGCCCCCUAGCAUUUUUUCAAUGUGCUUUUAAAAUGCAAGCUGCUAAAGUCCUAUGGGCUUUUCUUUGGAUUCUUCCGCAGGUCCUUGCAAAGGAUUCCUGCGCAGGACUAUCGUUUGGAUCUAGAGCAGUCGAUCCUGAAGAUCCCAGUUCGUAUUUUCUCUGCCUGGGUUUUCUUGGUCAGAUAAAACACAGUUGCGAGAAUGGAUAUCGCUUUGAUGGUCAAACGCAAGUGUGUUUGGUUGCAAACAAUACAAACCUUUCCGGACUUAGAAACGAAAAGGAAGCUAAAACGGAAAUCAGCAUCAAGCAAAAUGUGAAAGUGGACAGACCAGUUAUAUUCAACAUCUUUGGAAACUUUAAUUUCUUUGCAAGUCUCUGGGGCAGUUCCCACGAUUCGACUCCUCCACCACCAAAGCCCAGCCCAAUAGCUCACCUGCAAUUCUUAAAUGGUGCUGGAGAUAUUCAAGACAGCCCCAGCUCCUCAGACGAUUCUCUGGCCACUUCUACUGAGAGUAGCAUAUCUAGCUCAGAAGAUCCUAAUUCGUCUUCUGGAGUACCUGAGGAACCGUCGGAGGCCCCAUCCUCUACUGAAUCGUCAGAUGAUAGUUCUACAGAACCAAAUAUUUCUAGUUCAGAGAGUCUAUCCUCAACUGAAUCAUCUCCAGAAACUACAACUGAAGCGAAUGAAAGUUCAACCAAGGAAAGUGCCUCGAGCACUGAAAGUCCCUCGUCCACAGAAUCUCCAACAAGCGCGUCAGAAGAAAGUACCACUGAAGGUGCCCAAGAAAAGAUCGAAUCAAGCUCGGAAAGUCCGUUGUCUACAGAUUCAUCCAAUGAGAUUAAUUCGAGUUCGGAAAGUUCCUCAACUGAGGGAGAUUCUUCUUCCACAACUGAAUCUUUACCAGAAAGUUCUAUACAGGAAUCAUCCACAGAAUCAACAACAAGCGAGUCAGAAGAUUCAACUUCUGCUCCAGAAAGUUCAACGCAAGAAAGCAGUUCUAGUUCUGAAGCACCCUCAACAGUACCUGAACCCGAAAGUUCAACGCAAGAAAGUAGUUCAAGCUCAGAAAAUUUAGAAUCUUCAACUGAAUCAAAUCCAGAAAGUUCCACGCAAGAAAAUAGAUCGAGCUCGGAAAAUCCCUUGUCCACAGAUAUAAUCUUAAGCUCGGAAAGUCCUUUGUCAACAGAAUCAUCAACAGAUAUCGGUUCGAGUUCGGAAAGUCCCUCAACAAAAUCUGAGCCAGAAAGUUCCACCCAAGAAAGUAGUUCAAGCCCUGAAAGCCCUUUGAACACAGAAUCAUCAUCAGAUGCGACGGAGGAUUUAUCCUCAACAGAUCCCACAUCAGAAAGCACCACACAGGAAAGUAGCUCAAGCACUGAAUCUUUUUUACCCUCAGAGGAGUCAUCCUCAACAGAAUCCUCAACACCAGAAAGUUCCACCCAAGAAAGUAGCUUAAGUUCUGAAAAACCUUUGUCCACAGAAUCAUCAAUAAACUGGACGGAGGAUGCAUCCCCAACAGAACCGGCAUCAGAAAGUUCCCCUCAGGAAAGUAGUUCAACCACUGAAAGCGUUUCGUCCACAGAAUCAUCAAUAGGAUCCUCAGAGGUGUCAUCUUCAACAGAAUCUGAAUCAGAAAGUUCCACCCAAGAAAGUAGUUUAAGCUCUGAAAUCCCGUCGUCCACAGAACCAUCAGUGGAAAGCACAAGCUCUGAAAAUUUAUCGACCCUAGAACCUUCAAUAGGUACCACUGACAAUGACGCCAACAAAAGCGACAGCUCCGAAAGCUCACAUUUGACACCUUCACCUCCACCGUCCUCUAAUUCUUCACCUAAAACCUCAACUGAGACAAAUAUUUCAAGCUCUGAAAACCCGACAGCCACAGAUCCAACGCCAGGCACCAAUGAGAAAGAUGAUGACUUCGUAGACAUUACAAAGUCUUCGACCGAAAUACCAUCCACAAGUACGACUCCAUGCACCACGAUUUUAUCUACACAAAGCUCUACAAAAAUUCCAGACUCUUCAUCAACCUCAGAGCCCUUACCAGGUACCACAGAGAAAGAUGAUGAUUCCGGAAAUAGUGGAUCGGAAAGCGGUAUUUCUACAGAGCCAUCUCCACAAAGCUCGACAACAGAAAAUAUUUCCAGCUCCGAGAAUCCCUUGACCACAGAACCGACAUCAGAAAAUACCACCGAAGAGAAUAUCACAAAUUCCGAAAAGCCAUCCACAAGUACGACUCCAUGCACAACGGUUCCAUCUACACAAAGUUCCACCAAUAUACAACAGACUUCUUCAACCUCAGAGUCCACACCUACUACUACCGAGAAAGAUGAUAAUUCCGGAAACAAUGGGUCCGAGAGCGGUAGUUCUACGGAGCCAUCUCCACAGAGCUCAACAGAUUCCAGUUCCGAGAACCCGUUGACCACAGAAGAGAAUAUCACAACUCCAACUCCAGGAGGCUCCACAGAGAUUCCAGAAAAUUCUUCAACACUAGAACCUUCACCAGGAACCACAGAUAAAGACGAUGAUUCCGGAAACAGUGGGUCAGAAACCGGCAUCUCCACAGAGCCAUCUCCACAAAGCUCGACAGAGGAGAACAUUCGCAGUUCUGAGAACCCCUUAAGUACAGAGUCUACAUCAGAAACUACAACUAAUGCGGAUGUCGCCAGCUCUACAAAACCAAUUACAAGUACAACUCCAUGUACCACAGUUUUAUCUACACAAAGCUCCACAAGAAUACCAGAAAAUUCAACAACCACAGAAUCUUCACCAAGUACUACAGACGGAACAACAGAAUCAUCUCCACAAAGCUCAACUGAGGAGAAUAUAUCUAGUUCUGAGAAUCCAUUAACUACAGAAAGUACAUCGGAAAGUACAACUGAAGGGAAUAUAUCUAGUUCCGAAAAGCCCUCGACUGCUUCAACUCCGGGGACCACAGGCAUUCCAGAAAAUUCUUCAACUACAGAACCUUCACCACGUACCACCGAGAAAGAUGAUGAUUCUGGAAACAAUGGGUCAGCAACCGGUAUCUCCACAGAGCCAUCUCCACAAAGCUCGACAGAGGAGAAUAUUUCCAGCUCAGAAAAUCCCUUAAGCACAGUGUCUACAUCAGAAACUACAACUGAACAGAAUGUCGUCAGUUCUUCAAAGCCCGAUACAAGUACGACUACAUGUACCACGAUUUCAUCUACAGAAAGCUCCACAAAGAUUCCGGAAAAUUCAUCAACCACCGAAUCUUCUAAAAGUACUACAGAGAAAGACGAUAAUUCCGGAAACAAUGGGUCCGAAAGCACACAGAGCUCAACAGAACCAUCUCCACAAAGCUCAACAGAGGAAAAUAGUUCCAGUUCUGAGAAUCCAUUAGUCACAAAUACAUCAGAAAGCACAACUGAAGAGAACAUCUCUAGUUCCGAAAAGCCAUCGACUGCUUCAACUCCGGGGACCACAGAUCCGACUCCGGGAGGGUCCACCGGGAUUCCUGAAAUUUCUUCAACCACAGAAUCUUCGCCAGGUACCACCGAGAAAGACGAUAAUUCUGGAAACAAUGGCAGUAUUUCUACGGAGACUCCAUCUCCAUCUCCUCAAACUUCGACAGAGGGAAAUAUUUCCAGUUCUGAGAAUCCCUUAACCACAGAUACCACAUCGGAAACUACCACCAACGGUAAUAUCGUAAGUUCCGAAAAGCCAUCCACAAGUACGACUCCAUGUACCACUGUUUUAUCUACACACAGUUCUACAAAGAUUCCAGACAUUUCGUCAACCACUGUGACUUUACCAGGUUCAACAGAGACAGACGGAACCAGUGGUUCUGAAAGCAGCACCACAACACCAUCUUCACAAAGCUCAACAGAGGAAAAUAUAUCAAGUUCUGAAAAUCCAUUGACCACGUCAGAAACUACUACUAAAAAAAAUAAUAUUACUUCCGAAACUCCAACUGCUAUUACAACUCCAUGUAACACGGAACCUCCAUCGAAAAGUACAAAUUCUGGAAACAGUGCCAGUUCCGAAGAUCCAUCCGCAGAUUCAACAACUCCAGAUAGUUCCACCCAGGGCAAUAUAGAUAGCUCAUCAACUCAAGAGCCCUCAACUGAAACAACUACUAAAUAUCAAGAAGAAAAAACUGAUUGCAGUAAUUUGCCAAAUGGAGUAUUUAUUAGAAACCGUCUAUCAUGCAACAAAUAUUAUGUAUGUCUGAAUGGUAAGCCGAUUCCUGGAAAUUGUCCUAGAGAUUUGAAUUUUGACAUUAAAAGGAAGGUCUGCAAUUUCCCCAGUUUAGUGGAUUGUUCUUCUGAAGAAGUCCUAGAAUCUGUCACAAAGAAACCACCGAUUACUGAGUUUACUCCUGACUGCAAAUCUGAGCCAAACGGUGCUUAUAUUAGAGAUCCAUCGUCAUGCAGUGGGUUCUUUGUUUGUGCUAACGGUCGUCCAAUAUCUCGACAGUGCCCCAGAGGUCUACACUUCGACAUCAAAUCCAAUUUCUGUAAUUACCCCAGUCUGGUUCAAUGCUCUGUUGAAGAGUCCCAGUUGAGUAUUCAUAAAGCAUUAGUAGCCGAAGAAAUACCAGAUUGUAGCAAAGUGAAAGAGGAUACAAGAUUCGGUGACGUCAAGCAACAUAAUAAAUAUUACGUCUGCCUUAAGGGAAACGCAACUUUGCAUUACUGCAGUCCAGGAAAUUGGUUCGACAUUCGAAGUCAGAGUUGUGUCGAUCAGCGAUUGGCAAACGUUAAGACAACCGUUCCAAAUCCAGAGGUUUCCACAAGGAUUCCAGAAAAUACCACAGAGAAAAACGGUGACUCCGGAAACAGUGGGUUGGAAAACGAUAUUUCCACAGAGCAAUAUCUACAAAGCACAACAGAGAAGAGUAUAUCCAGUUCUCAGAAUCCUUUGACCACAGAACCUACAUCAGAAAGUACAACUCCUCGCACCACGAUUUCAUCCACACAAAGUUUCACAAAAAAUCCAGAGACAUCAACAACUUUAAAAGACUCAGAACUUACUACAGAGAAAGACGAUGAACCUGGAAGCAAUGGGUCCGAAAGUGGUAUCUCCACGAAACCAUCUCCACAGAGUUCAACAGAAGGAGAUAUCUCCAGCUCUGAAAAUCCUUUAACCACAGAACCCACAUCUCUACCACACUCGUCGACGGAAAAUACUUUCAGCUCCAAAAAUCCCUUGACAACGGAACCCCCAUCGAGAAGUACAAAUUCUGAAGGCAGUGCCAGUUCCGAAAACCCGUUCACAGAUUCAACAACGAGCGCCAGCGUCCCAACUCCAGAUGGUUCCACCCAGGGCAAUGUAGACAGCUCGUCAACUUUAGAGCCUUCAACUGAAACGACCACAAACUUAGACCAAGAAGAAUUACCUGAUUGCAGCAAUUUGCCAAAUGGAGUAUAUAUUAGGAACCGCCUAUCAUGCAACAAAUAUUAUGUAUGUCUGAAUGGUAAGCCGAUUCCCGGAAACUGUCCUAGAAAUUUGAACUUCGACAUUAAGAGGAAGGUAUGCAAUUUCCCCAGCUUAGUGGAUUGUUCAUUUGAAGAAGUCCUAGAUUCUGUUACAAAGAAACCGCCGAAUACUGAGUUUACUCCUGACUGCAAAUCGGUGCCAAACGGUGGUUAUAUUAGAGAUCCAACGUCAUGCAGUGGGUUCUUUGUUUGUGCUAACGGUCGUCCAAUAUCUCGACAGUGCCCAAGAGGCCUGCACUUCGACAACAAAUCAAACUCAUGUAAUUACCCCAGUCUGGCUCAAUGCUCGGUUGAAGAGGCCAAGUCGAGUAUUCAUGUAGCAUUAUUGGCCGAAGGAGUCCCGGAUUGCAGCAAGGUGAAAGAGGAUACAAGAUUCGGUGAUGUCAAACAACACAAUAAAUAUUACGUGUGCCUUAAGGGAAAGGCAAUUUUGCAUUACUGCAGUCCAGGAAAUUGGUUCGACAUUCGAAGUCAGAGUUGUGUUGAUCAGCGACUGGUUAAGGUGAAGUAAACUAAAUGAGCUUUUGAACUUUUUAAACAUAGGGAUAUGACACGAUCUUUAAUCUAGUUAUAGAAAUAUGGUGAAUGGGUUAAUACAUAUAAAUAUAUAUUGGGUAAUAGUAAACAUAAUCAUUAUAUUUUAGAGUGGUUACUGACACAUAAGUUACAAGCAGACUCUAAUACGACCUAGCCACUUUUAGAGUACAAUUACUCGAUUUGACUAGGAUUUAUAUAGCAAAUAAAGUACUUACAAAUCAAAUAUAAACUA